GAAGGGGACACAGGCCAAUCAGCAGAAAGCUCCUCAGCAGCGCGGGCUGCCGUCAUUCGCUGUUUUUACAGCUUUUCACGCCGGCCCGUUACGUGAUGACGUCAUCGCAUGACCGGUAAUUCCACUUCCGCUUCAAUUACUUCCUCCCCCACCAGCAGUCACCGCCUACCGGAGCCUGGUUGGUAACACAGGAGGAAGAAGAGGAAUGGCGGCCAGCUGAGGCGUGUGUGAGCUGCAUCCAUCUUACCAGUUGCGAUCUGUUAAAUAAAAGUUUUGAAAAUGGGCAGAUCCAAUUCUAGAUCCCAUUCUUCGAGGUCGAAGUCCCGAUCUCCAUCAUCCUCUCGAUCACGGUCACACUCAAGGAAGAAAAGAUACAGUUCCAGAUCUCGGUCAAGAACACAUUCGAGAUCUCGCAGCAGAGAACGUGUUUACAAUAGAGAUGUCCGCAGAGAUUACAGGAACAAUAGAGGAAUGAGACGUCCUUAUGGCUUUAGAGGAAGAGCCAGAGGUUAUUAUCAAGGAGGUGGUGGGAGGUAUUAUCGUGGUGGUUACCGUCCAAUGUGGAAUCGUAGGUACUCGCGAAGUCCCCGGCGUGAUCGGUCUCGCUCUAGAAGUCCAAAGAGAAGGUCUGCAUCAUCUCAAAGAUCUAGAAGCAGAUCCCAGAGAUCCUACAAGUCCUCUCAGUCACCUAGGUCUUCUUCAUCCCGUUCCUCCUCAUGUUACAGCAAGUCACCAGUGAAAAAAUCUCGUGGUUCCCAAGAAGAAAAAAAACAAAAAACUGAAAGGGCUGAAAAAUUACAAAGUCCCAAAAACGAGAAAUCAGGCGAUGAGCACAAAGAUGCUUUUGACCCUUCUGAGCCUUUAGAUGAACUUGGCAAAGAAUUAGAUUUACAUGGUGACAGUUGGGCAGGACUGUCUGCCUAUGAUAACAGCCCAAGAUCCCCUUGUAGCCCUUCACCUGUGGCCUCACCGCCCAGCCAGAGUUCAUCCCAGUCUGAUUGCCCUAUCCUUAGUGUGGUCCACUCUGGUAAAGACACUUUGUCUCAGAAUUCACAUUCCAUUGUGCAUACCCCAGAAAAGUCUGGGUCUGGAUCUGGCGGCAAUGGUUCCACACGCUACAGUCCUUCACAAAACAGUCCACUUCAUAUCCCUUCUCAAAAGAGUCCAGCAAAGAAUGUGCUAUCUCAGAACCCUUCAUGUGAAGAAGGGCGUUCUCACUAUUUGUAUACUGAUACAGCAGAACAAGAACCUGCUAAAGGUGUAAAACAUCUAAAAAGGUAUCCUGAUGAAGAACUUAGUUUAUUUCCAAUAGAAAGGGUUAAUAUUAGAGAAAAAGAAAGUCAAAAGGAUAGGACAUUGGAUAAGUCUAAAAAAGAAGAGGGCAAAAGCUGGGACCAUCGUGAUACAUUGGAUUAUUUUUUGGAGAAAGACCCUGUUAAAGCUCAGUUUUUGUCCAUUUCUGAAAGUGAAGAUAUAGAGGAAGUAGAAGACUACAGGCAGUUUAGAAAGUCAGUGCUUGCUGAUCAAGGCAAAGGAUUUUCCUCCUCAUCCCACUGGAUUUCUGAGGAGGACGGAACAAAAUUCAAGUCCAAAGCUGCAGGCAAAGCGAGUAAAGAAGGAGAGAAGGUUAGAGAAAGUAAGGCACAUAAAGUGUCCUCUAAAAACAGACAUAAAGAUGACGACAAAGGUAGUGAUAGGUCAAUGAUUAAAAAAGACCCCAAGUCACCUGACCCAGUGAUGUUUGAAAAGAUGAAAGACCCGUUGAGUUGCAGUUUUCCAUUACAUCAGAAUGUUGAAGUCCGAGAGAAGGCAGUGUUCAGAGAGGAAAGUCCACUUAGGAUCAAAAUAGUGGCAACAGAGUCUCAUCACCCUGAGGUCAAACUUCGUAUGAUUUCUGUGCCACUUGAUGAUACCAGGACGUCCUCUAUGAUAAAUGACCGUCUGCUAGCCAGUACUCUUGUACAUUCAGUCAAGAGUCAGAAAGAUUUUCGAUCCAUCUUUGACCACAUGAAGGUUUCCUUCUCCAGCAAAACAUCUCCAGAGUCCUUUAUCUACCAUGUGGUGUCCUUAGUACAGUUUGUGAAAGAACAUUAUUUCAAAGGUGAUGGACAGACCCUCAGUGAGAGGUUUGCAGGCUACCUAAAAGUCGCGAAGGAUCCUGCCAGCCGCCCAAAGAGCCCUGAGAUACACAGAAGGAUAGAUCUAUCUCUUGACAUGGAGAGGAAACAGGCAUCUUUGCAGAACGAAGACAAGGACUUGGAUGUGAAGGUUGAGCCUGUAAAGUAUUUGCAGGUAGAAAAAAAGCUAAAGAGCAGCUUGAUUGAUGUGAGGGGUGAAUCUGAGCGUCGUCGGAAAGGGCGCAGUAAAGAACGUGGGGAUUCAAAAGGCUCUCGGGAAUCCAGUGAUUCUCGCAAGCGGGAGAAGCCACAGAAAGAGCUAAAAGAAUUAAAAUUUUUCAAGCAUGACAACAAAAGAAGAAAAGACCAUGAGCCCUCUCCUCCUCCAUCCGAUGAUGAUGAGAAGGACACCAAGAAGGAAAGCAGAGAUGAGGAGUUCAAAGGCCCUGUAGAGCCAAAAGAAUACCCAGGUUUUCCAGGAAUCAGCAGGCCUAGAGGCACAUUUCAGUUCCGAAUUAGAGGCAGAGGCCGAGCGCGAGGGGUGUUUGCUGGAACAAGUACUGCUCCUGUGAAUACAGCACCAACUUUUCAAAAGCGAUCUAAAGAGGAGGAGUGGGAUCCAGAAUAUACUCCUAAAAGCAAGAAAUACUUCCUGCAUGAUGACCGAGACGAUGGAGUGGAUUACUGGGCAAGGAGAGCUAGGGGUCGUGGCAACUUCCAACGUGGUAGGGGACGGUUUCCUUUUAAAAAGUCAGGAAGCAGCCCAAAAUGGACACAUGACAAGUACCAAGGCGAUGGUCUUGUAGAUGAUGAAGAUGAAGCAAUAGAAGACAGACGCAAAGAUGAAAAGGAGUGAUGUAUCUGGAAGAAGAUUAGUACCACAAGUUACCGUCUAAUGGAAUCACUAGAUCAGCAUCUGAGUUGUAUUUUAAUUCUGUUGCUAAAUAACAAAUUUUGGUUUUAAAGAACAUAAGUUUGGUCUGGAGUAAAUUUAUGACAAUGAGAGUCCAGAAGAGACUGGUACAUGUAAUUGCUGGUGUUUGAAAUGACAAGUUUUAUGAAUCUGAUUUUAAGUGUUUCUGCUAAUCCUGUGUGUAUAUGCCAUGGAGUGAUAUAAAGAUCGUGAAUGGCUUAAUUUUCUUCUUUCUAUGAACUAAUAUACAGCAAAAUUGCUUUGAGCAGCUAAAAAGUUUGCAGUUGUAACAGAUUGUUACAAAUAUAUUUCCUGAACUUA